CAAUCGAAGGACGUUGGAAUGGAGCCGGGAGGGCACCGACCCGCGGAGAAGCGAGGAGGGGGACGCAGGCGCUGCGUCAUACUGAGCGUCGCCGCCGGCCUCCUGCUUGUCACCGUCGCCGUCGUGCUGGGACUGACGCUCCGUCAGAAAGCAGACAAACUAAGGCCAACUUUCAUGGCUAGGUGCAAGGGGUUCAAGGGGUACGACUGCGAAAAGAUAUGGGAGGAAUUCACACAAGCCUAUGUAGGGCAGGACCCCUGUAAAGUUCCCAUGGAAGCCUACGACCCUCUCGUUGCUGCAGCCCCCCUCAAAUCUUCAUGCAACAGGAUUAUGCUCUGGAGCAAAACAAAGGAGAUGGUCCACGACUUCACUAAGAAGAAAGAUUGUUUCAUCACCUUGGAGGACACUGUGUUGGGGUUUGUCCUGGAUGGUCUGACCUGGUGUGGAAAGGAGGGCAGCAGUGAAACAUUCACGACCAGCUGUCCAGGUUGGACAGAGUGUGAGAACAACCCUGUUCGCUCAUUUUGGAAGCGAGCCUCAGCUGCUUUUGCAGAUGUUGCCUGUGGUGAUGUGACAGCUAUGCUGAACGGAUCCAUCACCACACCGUUCGACCCCAAAGGUAUUUUUGGGAGCAUCGAAGUUAAGAGGUUGAAUUCCACCAGGGUGAGCAGCCUGAAUAUUGUUCUGGUCACACAGAAGAACGCCGUGGCAAACUGUAGAAACACAUCGUUGAAGGACUUACAGAAAGUGCUGGAUGUAGGAAUUACAUAUAACUGCACGGAAGUGGCCGAAUCUCAGAUCCUGGAGUGCAGCUCCAAUCCAGAGAUACCGUGUGGCGCCUGUUGGUGAAAAUGUCAGAUAAUAAUCUCAGACAAGACAGUACAAUAACCAGCUGUAAAGAACAAUUGUCUAGAGUUUGUUUUGAAAACUCCUAAGUCACACUCACAAAGAUAAGUCUGUGAAUCAAAUAAUGUGCUUUAUACGUGUAUUUUGUAGAUUUAAAUUCUUUUCAUACCUGUGGGCCAGUUUGACUUAAUGUGAAAUGUGUCUUUUUACAUAAAGUGUCACUGAUAAAUUUUUACGAUAUUUCGUGUUUGUAGGUGAAAAGGUUUCAGGGAUGUGAUGGGGAAGCUUUAUAGCAAGUGCUUUAUAUUAUUGUAAUACAAUAA